AUGAGUUUCAAGAGUCAACCAAAAGGUUUUGCCACCAAAUCAAUCCACGCUGGCCAGGAUCCAGAGCAAUGGAAAAGUGCCGCUGUUAUACCUCCAAUUUCACUGAGCACAACCUUUAAACAAGAUGCACCUGGAGAACAUCGUGGCUUUGAAUACUCGAGGAGUGGCAAUCCCACCCGCAAUGUGCUGGAACAAUGCUUGGCAGCACUGGAUAAUGCCAAGUAUGGAUUGACCUUCUCGUCUGGUCUGGGAGCAACAACCGCUGUGCUCACCAUGCUCAGCAGUGGCGAUCAUAUCAUAAUGGGAGACGAUGUCUAUGGUGGAACCAACAGACUCAUUAGACAAGUCGCUGCUCGUUUGGGAAUAUCUGCUACUUUUGUGGAUCCUACUAAAUUGGAAAAUAUUAAAGCUGCUUUCAAACCUGAAACAAAGCUUGUUUGGAUUGAAUCGCCAACGAAUCCUUUACUCAAAGUUGCGGACAUUGCAGCCAUUAGCAAACUUUGCCAUGAUCAUGGCAAAAUUAUUGUGGCUGUAGACAAUACUUUCCUCACCUCGUACUUCCAAAGGCCCUUGGAGCUGGGAGCUGAUUUAGUUUGCUAUUCGUUGACCAAAUAUAUGAAUGGACACACCGAUGUUGUAAUGGGCGGCAUAACAAUGAACUGUGAAGAUCUAUACAACAGAUUGAAGUUCUUGCAAAAUGCUGUUGGCAUUGUUCCCUCGCCAUUUGAUUGUUACCAAGUUAAUCGCAGUCUCAAAACAUUGGCACUACGUAUGGAACAGCAUCAGAAAAAUGCCAUUCAAGUUGCAAAGUUCCUUGAGUCACAUGACUUUGUUGAAAAGGUUUUGCAUCCAGGAUUGCCUUCUCAUCCUCAGCAUAAAUUGGCACUAAAGCAGACUUAUGGCUAUAGCGGUGUAUUCUCUUUUUAUAUCAAGGGCGGCACUUUAAAACAAUCAUCUGCAUUCUUGAAGGCUCUGCAAUUGUUUACACUUGCCGAAAGUCUUGGCGGAUAUGAAAGCUUGGCUGAAUUACCAUCUGUCAUGACUCAUGCCUCUGUUCCUGCUGAAGACAGAAAAACUUUGGGUAUUACAGAUGGUCUCAUCCGUUUGUCUGUUGGUCUUGAAGACGCCGAGGAUUUGAUAAAUGAUAUAAGCCGUGCUCUGGACAUUGCAGCAAAGGCUUAAAAAGUAAUCCGCACAAACACCAUAUAAAUUUUCCAUAUUGUCCUGUUAAACAAUAAAAUGUUGUAUACUGCAAUGAUCCACAAAUUAA